AGAACUAAAAGAACUAAAAUCUACCUGGCAAGGUAAACUUCCGGUCAAGAGAAAGGGAAUCACUCAAGUUGCAUUUCAGUUGCCUAAUGUCAUGCCCAUGUGCUCACAUUUUUUCAAUGAACUCUCUUAGCAUUUUAACACUGACAUACAAAUAAAUUGCACUGAAAUGUCAAGCAUGAAUUGUAAAUCGAAAAACAAGAGAGCUUGCACGGAGAAUUUUAGAUUGCAUGAUAGAAACCCCAAAACUAACACCUCUUAUAAAAGAAGAAAAGGAAAUAAGUUUGAUUCUUUUUAUAACAAACAAGGAAUGAAUUAUGAGGAAUGUUGGUCUUAUGACAAUCCUGUUCUUGAUGUUGACACAUUCAAUACAUUUAGUUCACCCUGUUCUAGCUUCUCCAUUUUAAACCCACAUAACAUAGUGUCCCAGACCAGCGCAGUUGAGCGGAGACAGGCUCCAUCAAAACCACAUGAGGAAAUAGUGAAUGAAAUAGAAGAAAAUGUCAGCUCACAUGCCAGUCAGUUACCAUCAGUCUCGUCAAAUGCAGCAGAAGUAGUUGACCAUUCAGCAGCUGUAGCUCAGGUAUCAAUAGAAGACUUAAGAAAACAAUUAGCUGAACAGGCGGUGAAGGCUGCGCCACCCAUCAAACCCCCAGAGACACCAGAGGAGAUAGCUAGAGAAGAGGAAAUCCAAAGGAAAAUACGUGAAUCAAUUGUCAUCAUUAAUCCGGAACAGGAAUUAGCUUUGCUGAAGCCAGAUCCCAGCAUAGAUAUAGAAAUGUCACCUGAACUGCGGGCCUUGCUUCAAACCUUAACUACCAACUAUCUGUGUCAACUAUGUAGUGUCAAAAUUGUGGGACAACAGAUGGCGGCCAUGCACUACAAUGGGAAAAACCAUUUGAAAAAGCUGAAAAGUUUUGUCCAAACCAAUGGGAGAUCAGCAGGAUUUAACAUGGAAUCAUUAUCUGAGACUGAAGAAACAGUGCCAGAAGACCCAAAGGAAACAGAACCAGAUGAUCCAAUAGAGGUGGAUGAGAAUAAAUACUGUAAAUUAUGCAAAGUGAGUUUCUACCAACCUCAACAUGCUCGUAUGCAUUAUAAAGGCAAGAAUCAUGCUAAAAAGCUUAAAUCAGCCAGCUCCUCUAACAGAGCAGAAAUUUUUGAGUGUAGGAUUUGUUGUGUAACUGUGACAUCUCAGGAGCACCUGACUGCACAUUUGAAUGGUAUUAGACACAAACAGCAGAUCAGAAAAAUGGAUGCUAAUGAAGUAUAUCGAGGUUAUUUGGAUUGCAGAGGCAGGGGAGGCCAUUCUUUGAAGAUGAUGUUACAGGAGAGUUUAAAGGGCAAAAGACAAGGAGUCGCAGAAAAAAGUUCUUUGCUGUCUAAUGGCCAAGACCUAAUGAAGAAUAGCAUGAACUAUACUGACCAGGAGCUGUUGACACUGUUUGGGAUAGAGCCCUCCAAAAAGUUCCAGUUUGAUUUAGCCAACUACCGGACACCUUUAGGGUGGCUCUACUGCUCCUACUGUAACAUUUCAAUGGUAGAAGACGCUCAGUUCCUGCUCCACCUCAACAGUCGAAAACACUCGGAACUUGUCUUCAAGAGAACCAAAGUUCAGAAAUCCCGUCAUCCUGUUGGUGGCCCUCCAUCACUUUCAAGAAGUACUUAAAUUGUUUUGGUUUCUCCAUCUCUUUCUAGACUUUUGUUUAGACUGUUUCAGUCACUUUUAAGAACCAGUCCAAAUUUUGUUGUUCUGUUCUUUUUUU